UAUGAGCGCACUCCCGCACGCUGGACUCAUUGUUCUUCGGUAACGGGACAGAGAUAGAGAGAGAGAGAAAGAGAGAGAGAGAGAUACUGACCGGUAGCCAACACCGAUAAUGAUGAUGAUGAUGAUGGUUUUAUUGUGCUGACAUCAUCAUACCGGAGCUCUUCACUUUCUGACGGGUCACCGGGCUCCGGUCAGCGCGAUGCGGGCGUGACAGGUGUUGAGUGUGUGUCUUAGUGGACAGCAUGGCUCCUCGGCCAUCCUCAGGGGAGUUAUGGGGGCUUCACCUGAUGCCUCCUCGUAUCCUGGUGGACUGCUGUUUGCCCAACGGGAUCCUGGUCAGUCUGGAGUGUCUGAGAGAAGCUCCGCUGACCAGCAUUAAACAGCAGCUCUUCAGCGAGGCCAGAAAAUACCCACUCUACCACCUGCUGCAGGAGGAGUCGUGCUACAUCUUUGUCGGAGUGACGCAGGAGGCCGAAAGGGAAGAGUUUUACGAUGAAACACGGCGGCUGUGCGAUCUUCGUCUUUUUCACCCCAUCCUGAAGGUCAUCGAGCCACUGGGAAACAGAGAGGAGAAAAUACUCAACAGGGAGAUCGGUUUCGCCAUCGGGAUGCCCAUCUGUGAGUUUGAGCUGGUGAAGGACCCGGAGGUGCAGGAUUUCCGCAGGAACAUUCUGAGCGUGUGCAGGGAGGCGGUGGAGGAGCGCGAGGGUGGAGGGGCGCACACACAGGCACUGUACGUCUACCCGCCCAAUGUGGAGUCCUCGCCCGACCUGCCCCAACACAUAUACAGCAAACUCGACAAAGGCCGUCUGAUCGUGACCAUCUGGGUGAUCGUGUCUCCGUCCAACUCCAAGCAGAAAUACACACUAAAGAUCGCGCACGACUCUCUCCCGGAGCAGCUGAUCGCAGAAGCCAUCCGCAAGAAGACGCGCAGCAUGCAUCUGUCAGCGCAGCAGCUGCGUCUCUGUGUGCAGGAGUAUCAGGGCCAGUACAUACUCAAAGUCUGCGGAUGCGACGAAUACUUCCUGGAGAAAUACCCUCUCAGCCAGUAUAAGUACAUCAGGAGCUGCAUCACGCUCUGCCGUCUGCCUCAUCUGAUGCUGGUCAGUAAGGACAGUCUUUACAGUCAGCUUCCCUCCAGUGGGUUCAUGGCUCCGUCAUACAGCCGCCGGACGCCUCAGCCAAGCCCCUGUCCUGGCGGAGGAGACCCUGGGUCCCCGCGCUCCCUCUGGGCCUUCAACACACACCUGAGGGUGCGGCUGCUGUGCGCAACAUACGUCAACGUCAACAUCAGAGACAUAGACAAGAUCUACGUCAGGACAGGAAUAUAUCACGGAGGAGAACCGCUGUGUGACAACGUCAAUACUCAGAGAGUACCCUGUUCCAACCCAAGGUGGAACGAGUGGUUGUCGUAUGAUAUCUACCUGACGGACGUCCCUCGUUCUGCACGUCUCUGUCUUUCCAUCUGCUCUGUCAAGGGCCGCAAGGGGGCCAAAGAGGAACACUGUCCGCUGGCCUGGGGAAACAUCAACCUCUUCGACUAUAAAGACACGCUGGUCAGCGGUAAAGUGGCUCUGGGUUUGUGGCCGGUUCCUCACGGGCUGGAGGAUCUGCUCAACCCCAUCGGAGUGUCCGGAUCCAACCCAAACAAGGAGACGCCGUGUGUGGAGCUGGAGUUCCCCUGGUUUAAUCAGACGGUGGUGUUUCCUGACGAGCAGCAGAUCGAGGAGCACGCUAACUGGAGCAUCUCUCGUGAGCUGGGCUACAGCUACUGUCUGGGGCUGAGCAGCCGUCUGGCGUGUGACAGCAGCAUCUCUCAGGCGGAUGCGGAGCAGCUGCGCACUCUCUGCAGCCGAGACCCGCUCUAUGAGCUCUCAGAGCAGGAGAAAGACUUCCUGUGGAGACACCGGCACUACUGUGUGAAUAUUCCAGAAAGUCUCCCCAAACUAUUGCUGUCUGUCAAGUGGAACUCACGAGACGAGGUGUCACAGAUCUACUGUCUGCUGAAGGACUGGCCUCUCAUGCAGCCUGAAUCCUCUCUGGAGCUGCUGGACUGUAAUUUCCCAGACCCGAUGGUGCGAGAGUUCGCCCUGCGCUGCCUCAUCCAGGGGCUGACAGACGACAAGCUCAGCCAGUACCUGCUGCAGCUCGUGCAGGUCUUAAAAUAUGAGAUGUAUCUGGACAAUCCACUAGCUCGUUUCCUCAUCAAGAAAGCGCUGACCAAUCAGAGGAUCGGACAUUUCUUCUUUUGGCACCUGAAGUCUGAGAUGCACAAUAAGACGGUGUCUCGACGCUUCGGCCUGCUGCUAGAGGCCUUCUGCCGAGCCUGUGGGAUGUACCUCAAACACCUGAACAGACAGGUGGAGGCCAUGGACAAACUGGUGAACCUCACAGACACACUCAAGCAGGAGAAGAAGGACGAGACGCAGAAGACUCAGAUGAAGUUCCUGGUGGAGCACAUGUCCCGUCCGGAUUACAUGGAGGCGCUGCAGGGGUUUGUGUCUCCUCUGAAUCCUGUACACCAGCUGGGAAACCUCAGGCUGGAGGAGUGCCGCAUCAUGUCUUCAGCCAAGCGGCCGCUGUGGUUAAACUGGGAGAAUCCAGAUAUCAUGAGCGAGCUGCUCUUCACCAAUAACGAGAUCAUCUUCAAAAACGGAGACGAUUUACGGCAAGACAUGCUGACACUGCAGAUCAUUAAAAUCAUGGAGAACAUCUGGCAGAAUCAGGGGCUAGACCUGCGAAUGCUUCCGUACGGUUGUCUGUCCAUCGGGGACUGUGUGGGCCUCAUCGAGGUGGUGAAGAACUCUCACACCAUCAUGCAGAUUCAGUGUAAAGGAGGCCUGAAGGGGGCGCUGCAGUUCAACAGCAACACACUGCACCACUGGAUCAGGGACAGGAACAAAGGAGAGGCGUACGACAGAGCCAUUGAUUUAUUCACGCGCUCGUGUGCUGGAUACUGCGUGGCCACGUUCAUCCUGGGCAUCGGAGACAGACACAACAGCAACAUCAUGGUGAAGGAGAACGGACAGCUGUUUCAUAUCGACUUCGGUCACUUCCUGGAUCAUAAAAAGAAGAAAUUUGGCUACAAGCGCGAGCGCGUUCCCUUCGUCCUCACGCAAGACUUCCUGAUCGUCAUCAGCAAGGGGGUGCAGGAGUGUACCAAGACCAAAGAGUUUGAGAGGUUUCAGGAGAUGUGUUAUAAAGCCUACCUGGCCAUCCGUCAGCACGCCAGCCUCUUCAUCAACCUGUUCUCCCUGCUGUUGGGCUGUGGGAUGCCGGAGCUGCAGAGUUUCGAUGAUAUCGCGUAUCUGCGGAAAACACUGGCGCUGGAGAAGAGCCAGCAGGAGGCGCUGGAGUACUUCACCAAGCAGAUGAACGACGCGCAUCACGGCGGGUGGACCACCAAGAUGGACUGGAUCUUCCACACCAUCAGACACAUGCCCAACGAGCACUGACACACACACACACACACACACACACACAUAUACAUUAGUUUCUAUAUGGGCGCACACACACACACAUUAGGGCUGCACAAUUUUGGGAAUAUAUGCAAUGUACUGCAGAGGCGGGGCCAAGGAUAGUAGCCGAUCUGAUUGGUCAAAUUUGCAUAACUUAUGCAACAGAAGGUCUUGGCACAUAAAUGUCAUUUAUCACACCUCU